AUGAAUAAUCCACCUAAUUUCUAUUCUAAGCAGCAAGGCUCAACUCACCCUGAGGUGGACGGGAGGCUACCCUUACUCAUGCAGCGCCCCAAAAACUUGAGUAUCGACGUGACAGGAUUUUCAUUUGCUAAAGAGUCAAGUCAUUCCAAGGAAUUUGGGUCGCAAGCACCCCCAAAGCAUUCUUUGGUCAAUUCCAGUAACUAUCAUGGCGAGAGUCUCACAAAAAUGUAUGAUAGGGCAAAGGAUACGGCAAGUGAGACUGUGAAUCAGUAUGUCCAUUUUCUGAACCUUGCACGAGAAGAUUACUGA